UUUGUAUCCCAGGCCGACCACAUAGUGGGAGCGGCCCUGUUCAGUCGAAUGGUGGGCGGUAAAUGCCAGAGGCUCUUCGGUGUUUUUAUUAUAACACCUAACCUAGUAUCUUGAUUAACAACUGGUCCAGAUCGCUAUCAACCCUCAAAUUUCCCAGAAAAAAAAAAUGGCGCAAGGUACGCGUUCAUCCCGUCCCCAGGACCCCGAGAACAAGCUGUCGAUCCAGAAGAAAUGGAAUCUCGGUAUAACAACCGAGGUGGAUCUCCCGGAGGAUUUCGAUCCACUGACAGCAUCUCCCCUGGACGAUCGUCUCAACACAUCGGAGACUAAACCCGACAUCGUCGAGAUUCUGCGACAGUUGGAUCUCAAAUAUUUUCACGGCAAAAUAAAGGGCUACAGAAUCGAGUGGAACGCAAGCCUGAUAACAGCCUACGGUCGCACAAAUUUCUCCCAGAAUAAAAUAUCAAUAUCGAAAUUUCGUCACCUGGGACAGAAACGAUCGGUUCUCAUAAAGACAAUUCUCCAUCAGGGAAUUCACGCUUAUCUGGACAAAUUGGGCUUCAACAGGCGUGAUAAUGCCGCCCACGGGAAGGAUUUUAAGGCCGAAAAGAGCAGAAUAUCGAGAAAAGUUGGGGAGGACAUUGCAUCAAGGGAUGAUGUGAAUUUUAUACUCGCUGAGAACUACAUAUGUGCUCAUCAGUGUAAAAAAUGCAAAAAGAUACUCUACAGGAGAACGGGACAGGAUCCGAACAAGGUGAAACCUUAUACAAAGGUUUAUCACGACUGUCCAGGAGUCUUUCGUCCCAUAAAACUCAGGGAGACGUACAGAGAGCCGUAGGGAUUCGUCUCAAUUCAUCUCUCAUAUCUCCAUGCACGCAAUUUCGAAUGGAAAUUUUUUUUUUGUUAUGAAGUGGUAAUGAAAAAAAUACGCUGGAGGCGACUUAAAUUGUUUUACCACUCGACUACACAGAAUAUAUUACUUUUAUUCGUAAAGAUGUCACGAAAAUGUAUAGACAAAUCGUGUUGUAAUCAAUCAUGUCUUAUUGCAAAAUUGUAUCUAAUAAAAAAUCGUAGGUUU